CCUGGAUUGCAAGUCGAGAGCCAAGCAACCAUCACACAUUCCAACUUGUCACUUAUAACCUCGGUCUAGCAUACCCCUCUUGCUCCCCCUCGCCACUAUCGCUGCAGCGCUAUCGAGCGCUCGCCAUAGCUACCAUACAGUCGCGUCCGGAUGGAGAGCGACCCGCUCCUCCCAAAGAGGAUGCCCACAGCAGGCGACCCGACUCAUGGCCUCUUCCCCAGCGCGUCGCGUUAUGCCGUCGGCGUUGGUCUCCUUCUCACAGUAGUCUUGCUAUGGACAGCGUCCAACUUCAUCACGGCAGACCUCGAGACGGGCCAAGAUAGCUGGAACAAGCCCUUUUUAAUAACAUACCUCAACACGUCGUCGUUCGCAAUAUACCUCAUCCCAGCAGCAUAUCGCUACUGGAAGAAGGGCCAUCUCUCGCGUGACCACGAUAGGCGAGUCGCGCGAGCACCGCGCUCGUAUUCCCAAUUCAUGUCUAACACCACCCACAGGCAGUCUUACCUCGUCGUGUCACAGGAGGAAGAGGUUGUCGUGACCACGCCUCACAGACCACGCCGCCCAUCGCUAAGCCUGGCGCGCUCGCACUCGCCGUCGUCACCACGCGUACCGCUGCACCCAAUCGACAGCCAGGUCACCAUCCCUGAAGAACUUGUUGCCGAUCCCGACGCAAAGCUCACUGUCCGCGAGACGGCCGAAGUCGCAGCAUGGUGGAGCGCAGUAUGGUUCCUCGCCAACUGGUCGCUCAACGCCGCCCUUGCAUGGUCGAGCGUCGCCUCGGUCACGAUUCUCAGCUCCACAACCAGCUUCUUCACCCUCACACUAGGGCGCAUGUUCAAUGUCGAGGUCAUCACCCGGGCCAAGGUGUUCUCUGCGGUGGCGAGCUUUAUUGGCGUCAUUCUUGUGACCCACUCGGACUCGACCGUGCAGCGCAACCUUGUGAACGCCGCAGACAUGCCCACCCAUCCCGUCUUAGGUGACCUGGCAUCCCUCCUGUCGGCUUUGUUCUACUCGAUCUACGUGAUCCUGCUCAAGGUCCGCCUGGGCGACGAGUCCAAGGCCGACACUCAGCUGAUGCUUGGCUUUGCCGGCCUGUUCAACAUCAUCUUCCUGAUUCCCGUGUUCCCCUUGCUUCACUACCUCAACUGGGAGACGUUUGAGCUCCCGCCGACCCGCACCGCGUGGACCAUUGUCAUUGUCAACAUGCUGAUCACCCUGUCAAGCGACUAUCUCUACGUGCUUGCCAUGCUCAAGACGACCCCAAUGCUUGUCACAAUUGGGUUAUCGCUCACGAUUCCUUUCGCUCUCCUGGGGUCAUUGUUUAUCCCCGGCGCCAAGGACUCUAUCACGACAAUGUCGGUUGCCGGCGCGUGUCUUGUUGUCGGCAGCUUCUUUGUGCUCGGCUGGCAGGGAUGGGAGGAUAGUGCCAACGAGGCUGCGUUGGAGGAGCAGAGUGAGCAGCGAUGAUACCAUUAGACCCAGUGCAACAACAGUGUUAUAUGACAUGUAAUGACCAGUAUUCUGUCG